UAUCAAGGAAAAACAGAAACAAGAGGUAAAAUUCUGCACACAAGACCCUGACAAAUUGUGUGGAUAACAGCUGAAACAUACAGUACCAAAAAAUCAUCCCAUAAACCCCAAUACAGUUAUCAUCAUCUUGUUAAAGAAGACCAGCUGAAGAAUUCCCAUACUUUUCCUGUUUCCACUGUCAAGCUGAUUACACCAGGUAUUACCGGUUUUCUCCCCCAAUAAAGGAUUCAAUAUCUCAGCCAAGUGUGUUUUCAAGAAAAUCCAGUCCUGGGUUCUAUUCUUUAUGGAAACUUUGCAGUAAUUGGAAAUGGGUACGAUAGUUGUUCUUUCAAAUAAUGGGUUCUUUGUUACUCCAGAAAACUUGGGAGUUUAUUCUGGAAAGUCUCAAACUUUUGGGAGAAUUAGAAGUCUUAAUUGUGCAUUUUCUAACUCUAGCUUUAGUUCAGCUUCUUUUGAAUUAUCUAGGUUUCGUAGUUGUUCUAAAUCUGAACAUAGGUUACAGUGUAAGUCUAUGAUUAGGGCAGUGAUCAGUAAAGAGAGUGAAAAUAAAGGUACCCAGUUGGGAAAAAGAGAAAAUGUUGGAAUGAGAAAGAGAUUUUCAUUAAGAUUGCGCCCAAGGCUGAGAUUGCUGUCAAAAAGAUUGAAAAGGGUUUCGAUCAGUUCAUUUUUGAAUGACCUCGGAACGUUUUUUCGUAAGAAUGUGAUAGGAGUGAUAGUUGCUGUUGCCUUGGGUCUGUGCUAUUCGUUUCUGUUUUUAACGAGAACGCCAUCUCCGAAAGUUGUCCCUUAUUCGGACUUGGUAACGAGUCUUCAAAGUGGGGAAGUAACAAGAGUUAUGUUUGAGGAGGAAUCACGUCGUAUAUAUUACAACACCAAUUCGUGGAGAGUUGAGAAAGAUCAAAUAUCAGAAGAUAAAUCCUUAGUUAAUGCUCAAGAUGGAAAUGUGGUUGAUUCGGUUGAAACCGGUGGUGUUGGGAGAAGGCAGGGAGUAACAGUUUUAAAUGUGUUCAGAAAAUUGAUGAGGGUCCAAGCUUCUAACCCCAAGUGGGAGUACUCUACUAGAAAGAUAGACCAUGAUGAGAUCUAUCUUCUAUCUUUGAUGAGAGAUACGGGAAUUACAUAUAGCUCUGCUCCUCGGUCACUAAUUUGGUUGGUAAGAAGUAUUGUAGCUACAGUGCUAGUUUUUUGGCCUCUUCCUCUUUUCAUGUGGUUUCUACGUCGUCAACUUUCUGAUGCUAAUAGCCACGUCAGAAAACGAACGUCUAGUGAUUCAAUGGUUACAUUUGAUGAUGUGGAGGGUGUUGAUACAGCUAAGGUGGAGCUUAUGGAGAUAGUUUCAUGCCUUCAAGGAGCUAUUAACUACAAUAAACUAGGGGCGAAGUUACCUAGAGGUGUGCUGCUGGUGGGUCCCCCAGGGUCAGGAAAAACAUUACUAGCCCGUGCAGUGGCUGGGGAAGCAGGAGUGCCGUUUUUCACAGUUUCUGCCAGCGAGUUUGUGGAACUUUUUGUUGGGAGAGGGGCAGCUCGCAUUAGAGACCUUUUCAAGGUGGCAAGGAAGAGUUCACCUUCAAUUAUUUUCAUUGAUGAGCUUGAUGCUGUUGGAGGAAAGCGUGGUAGAAGUUUCAAUGAUGAACGAGACCAAACCUUAAACCAGUUGCUGACGGAAAUGGAUGGCUUUGACUCGGACAUGAAGGUGGUUGUCAUAGCUGCAACAAAUAGACCAGAAGCAUUGGAUCCUGCCCUAUGUAGGCCUGGACGCUUCUCGAGAAAAGUAUAUGUGGGAGAGCCAGAUGAAGAAGGGAGGAGAAAAAUUUUGGCUGUGCAUUUGAGAGGAGUGCCUCUUGAGGAAGAUAGUGAUCUCAUUUGCAGCUUAGUUGCGUCUCUUACACCGGGAUUUGUUGGUGCUGGUCUCGCAAACAUUGUCAAUGAAGCCACUUUACUUGCUGCUCGCAGAGGUUGUGAACUUGUCUCAAGGGAAGACAUAAUGGAAGCUAUUGAAAGAGCAAAGUAUGGCAUCAACGAUAGGGCACUUAGACCUAGCACGAUAAGCAAGGAACUCGGGAAAAUUUUCCCGUGGAUGCCCUCUCUGAUAGGCCGGAAUGGCAGUAGACCGGAUGACAUGCAAGGUCCACUGGGCUAUCAAACUCUCUAAGCUGAUGAUGGGUAUGCUCUCUUUCACACUACCAGUCUUCAUUAUACAGAGUACUCCAGAGGAAUAUUGUUUGAUAUUAUCUGUUGAGAUAAGUCUGUUUGAAAGAAAAUGGGAUGUUGCAUAGUGGCUCUCUUUUUAGUAGGGAUGCUAGAUUCGUAUGCAAUGCUGCCUUGACAUUCGGCCCACG